AUGGCAUCCACUGACAAACAUGAAAUCAAAAUGAUCAAUGGCACUGUUCUUCUCAUGAAAAAGACACCUUUGGACCUUGGUUCUUCUCAAGUAUUAGCUCCACAUGAAAAUUAUGAAAUUCUUGGACAUAAGGUCAUCCUGCAGCUUGUUAGUUCUGUCCAUGGAGAUCAAGAUAUUGUUGAAGGAAAAACUUUGAAAGGGAAACUUGGGAAUCCUUCACAUUUAAGAGAUGAGAACAAAUCAGGCAGCGAAUCGAAGUUUUGUGUCACAUUGGAGUGGGAUCAUGAAGUUCUUGGAGCUCCAGGUGCAUUCAUCAUCAAGAAUCUUAAUACAAGUGAAUUCUAUCUCAAGUCACUCACUCUUGAAGCUAGUGAUCCAAGUCUCGACACAGUGCAAUUUGUCUGCAAUUCUUGGGUUUAUCCUGCUGAGAAAUACAAGUCAGACCGCAUUUUCUUUGUGAAUCAGGCUUGGCUUCCGAGUGAAACUCCUGCAGCAUUGCGCGUGUACAGAGAAGAAGAGUUGCUAACAUUGAGAGGAAAUGGAACUGGAAAGCUCGAGGAAUGGGACAGGGUUUAUGACUAUGAUUGUUACAAUGAUCUUGGAGAUCCAGACAACGGUCCACUUUACGCUAGACCAGUUCUUGGGGGAUCUGUAGAGUAUCCUUAUCCGCGUAGAGGAAGAACUGGACGACCACCAUCUAAGGCUGAUCCAAACAGUGAAAGCCGGCUUCCACAAAUAGCUAGCUUUGCAAUUUAUGUCCCGAGGGAUGAGAAGUUUUCGCCUGUAAAGAUGACAGAUGUCCUUAGUAAUGCACAGAAAGCCAUUGCGCAAGUCUUUGCUCCUCAGCUUGCUGCUUUAGGAAAUCUCUCUCUCAAUGAAUUCAACAGCUUUGAAGAUGUUCUGAAAGUGUAUGAACCUGGAACUCCAGGUUUUCUUAAGUAUCCAACGCCACAUGUUAUUAGAGAGGAGAAGUCAGCCUGGAUGUCAGAUGAAGAAUUUGGAAGAGAGACGUUAGCUGGAUUGAACCCUGUGUGCAUAACUGCCCUAAAAGAGUUCCCCCUGACGAGCAAACUGGAUCCGAAAACUUUUGGUGACCAAACAAGCAAAAUAACCAGAGAACAAAUACAGAAUCAGCUAGAUGGAAUGACCAUUGAAGAGGCCAUGGAGGUGAACCGACUUUUCAUACUGAACUACCAUGACAUUGUGAUGCCAUAUGCGAGGAAAGUUAACACAUCUCAUUCUAAGAUUUAUGCCACAAGAACUGUGCUCUUUCUGCAAAAGGAUGGUACUUUGAAGCCACUGGCCAUUGAACUAAGCUUGCCUCAUCCAGAUGGAGAUCAACUUGGCGCUAUAAGCAAAGUAUUCACUCCAGCUGAAAACGGUGUUGAGGGUGCCUUAUGGCAAAUUGCAAAGGCAUUUGUAGCAAUUAAUGAUUCUGGAGUUCAUCAGCUUCUCAGUCACUGGUUACGUACUCAUGCAUCAGUUGAGCCUUUUGUUAUUGCGGCAAAUAGGCAGCUAAGCAUGCUCCAUCCUGUCUAUAAGCUUUUGCAUCCUCACUUCCGUGAUACUAUGCAUAUCAAUGCGUUGGCUCGACAGGCUGUACUUAACGCUGGAGGUAUUGUUGAGAAGACGGUUUUCCCAGGACCAUUGUCAAUGGAGCUGACAUCUAUUGCUUACCGGGACUGGGUUUUCCCUGACCAAGCUCUCCCUGCUGAACUUGUUAAGAGAGGAGUGGCAGUCGAAGAUCCUUCAUCCAAACAUGGUGUCCGACUACUAAUUGAAGACUAUCCUUAUGCUGUGGAUGGACUUGAAAUCUGGUCAGCAAUCAAAAGUUGGGUAAAUGAAUAUAUCAGUUUGUAUUAUAAAUCAGAUGACAUGCUUCAAAAGGACACUGAACUCCAAGCCUGGUGGAAAGAACUCCGCGAAGUAGGACACGGUGACAAGAAAGACGAGCCUUGGUGGCCUAAAAUGCAGACGCGCCAAGAACUCAUUGACUCAGUGACUAUCAUUAUCUGGAUGGCUUCUGCUCUUCAUGCAGCUGUUAAUUUUGGGCAGUACCCUUAUGGAGGCUUUGCACCAAAUCGCCCUGGUAUGAGCCGAAGGCUUAUUCCUGAGCCAGGAACUCCUGAGUAUGAGGAGUUGAAGGUGAACCCUGUAAAGGGAUAUCUGAAGACAAUUACACCACAGUUCCAGACUCUGAUUGGAAUAUCUGCUCUUGAAGUUUUGUCAACACAUACUUCUGAUGAAAUUUAUCUUGGUCAGAGGGAUUCUGCUGAAUGGACCAAGGACAAAGAAGCUCUGCAAGCUUUUGAAAGGUUUGGAAAGAAGCUGGCUCAAAUUGAGGAAAAUAUUUCGAUGAUGAACAAUGAUAAGAAGUGGAAGAACAGGACAGGGCCUGUUAAGAUGCCAUAUACAUUGCUUUAUCCGACAAGUGAACCAGGACUUACUGCCAAAGGAAUUCCCAAUAGUAUCUCUAUCUGAAUUACUUGCUAAAAUGUUCCCGGUGAUAUCAUCACUAGGAUUAUGACAGGCCUCUAAAUUAAAGAGGGUCUGUUUAUCUAUUUCCUAGCUUUGUAAUGUUAAACCAACUUCUGCUUUGGUUAUAUAAUUAUUAUAUGAGUUAAGAUCUCUCUUCUUAGUUA